CAGUCUUUCCAUAUGGGGAUGGGGAAGUCUUGGCAUUGUGCUUUUUCUAGUAACUUUUGGACCCUUCGCUAUAUUUUACUUUGCAUUUUAUAUCCUCUGUUUUGUGGGUGGGGGUUUUGUGGUUACUCUCUUAUUUGGAAAAAGCAACUCAGAAAAAUACCUUGAGCAGUGUGAACAUUCAUUUCUUCCUUGUACAUCAGUCGGAAUCCCUAAGUGCAUAGAAGAAAUGAAGCGUGAAGCCAGACCUAUUAAGAUUGACAGAAGACUGACGGGUGCAAAUAUAAUUGAUGAGCCUUUGCAACAGGUAAUCCAGUUUUCCCUGAGAGACUAUGUGCAGUAUUGGUAUUACAUGCUAAGUGAUGAUGAAUCAUUUCUUCUGGAAAUCAGGCAGGCUCUUCAGUAUGCACUUGUUCAGUUUUCUGCCAGGUCAAAGGAAACAGACUGGCAGCCUUAUUUCACUACACGACUUGUUGAUGACUUUGGCACUCAUCUUCGAGUUUUCAGAAAAGCUCAGCAAAGAAUAGCAGAGAAGGGUGAUCAGAUGAAAGACCAAGCUGAGGAACUUGUAGAUACAUUCUUUGAGGUUGAAGUUGAAAUGGAAAAAGAAGUCUGCCGUGAUCUAGUCUGCACUUCUCCCAAAGAUGAAGAAGGAUUCCUAAGGGAUCUGUGUGAGGUUUUACUGUAUAUAUUGCUACCUCCUGGAGACUUCCAGAACAAGAUCAUGCGAUACUUUGUCAGGGAAAUCCUCUCCCGAGGAAUUCUUCUUCCAUUAAUAAACCAGCUCAGUGAUCCUGAUUAUAUUAAUCAGUAUGUCAUAUGGAUGAUUCGUGAUUCCAACUGUAACUAUGAGGCCUUUAUGAAUAUUAUUAAAUUAAGUGAUAAUAUAGGAGAGUUGGAAGCAGUGAAAGAUAAAGCAAGUGAAGAACUGCAAUAUCUUCGAUCUCUAGAUACAGCAGGAGAUGAUAUCAACACUAUAAAAAAUCAAAUAAACAGUUUAUUAUAUGUUAUUAAAGUAUGUGAUUCAAGAAUUCAGAGGUUGCAGUCAGGAAAAGAAAUAGAUACUGUGAAACUGGCAGCAAACUUUGGAAAACUUUGCACAGUCCCUCUGGACCAUAUUCUGGUAGACAAUGUUGCACUACAAUUUUUUAUGGAUUACAUGCAGCAGACUGGUGGCCAAGCACAUCUGUUUUUCUGGAUGACAGUGGAAGGAUACAGGGUUACAGCACAGCAACAGCUGGAGGUACUUCAAAGCAAGCAGAAAGAUGGAAAACAUCAGACUAAUCAAACCAAAGGUCUAUUAAGAGCAGCUGCAUUUGGAGUUUAUGAGCAAUAUUUAUCAGAAAAGGCAUCUCCAAGAGUUAAUAUUGAUGACAACUUAGUAGCAAAACUGGCAGAAACAUUGAACCAUGGGGAUCCAACACCGGAAAUCUUUGAUGACAUUCAGAGAAAGGUCUAUGAGCUGAUGCUCCGAGAUGAAAGAUUCUACCCCUCAUUCAAACAGAAUGUGUUGUAUGUGCGUAUGUUAGCUGAGCUGGAUAUGCUGAAGGAUCCUAGUUUCAGAGGAUCAGAUGAUGGUGAAGGAGAAUCUUUUAAUGGGUCUCCUACUGGCAGCAUAAAUCUGUCCUUAGAUGACCUUUCAAAUGUCCCUUCUGAUGACACAGUUCAACUCCAUGCGUACAUCUCAGACACUGGAGUGUGUAAUGACCACGGCAAGACAUACGCACUUUAUGCUAUCACAGUCCAUCGGAGAAAUCCAAACAGUGAAGAGACGUGGAAGACAUAUCGACGCUACAGUGACUUCCAUGACUUCCACAUGAGGAUCACUGAGCAGUUUGAAAACCUUGCAAAUAUACUGAAACUUCCUGGCAAAAAGACAUUUAACAAUAUGGAUAGAGAAUUUUUGGAAAAGAGGAAAAAAGAUUUAAAUGCAUAUUUGCAGCUCUUGUUAAAUCCUGAAAUGAUGAAAGCUUCUCCAGCUUUAGCCCAUUAUGUGUAUGACUUCCUGGAGAAUAAAGCCUACAGCAAGGGGAAGGGAGAUUUUGCACGGAAGAUGGACACAUUUGUAAACCCACUGCGUAACUCUAUGAGAAAUGUAUCAAAUGCAGUCAAGUCUCUCCCUGACAGCCUGGCAGAGGGAAUGACUAAAAUGUCAGACAACAUGGGUAAAAUGUCAGAGAGAUUGGGACAAGACAUAAAGCAAUCAUUUUUCAAGGUGCCUCCUUUAAUCCAGAAAACCUAUUCAGACCCUGACCAUUGCCGUGUUGCAGCACCAAUUGAUGACAAUGUGGAUGACAAUAUUCCGCUGAGAGUAAUGCUCCUCCUUAUGGAUGAAGUCUUUGAUCUAAAGGAAAGAAAUCAGUGGUUAAGAAGAAAUAUAAAAAAUCUGCUUCAGCAACUUAUUAGAGCAACAUAUGGUGACACAAUUAAUAGAAAAAUAGUUGAUCAUGUUGAUUGGAUGACAUCUCCUGAGCAAGUAGCAGAUGCAGUGAAACGCUUCAGAGAUGCUUUUUGGCCCAAUGGCAUUUUAGCAGAGGCUGUUCCACGGAGGGACAAAGCUAUUAGAAUGAGAACAAGAGUGGCAGGGAAGACCAAAUUACUGGAGGUAAUGCCAGAUGAGCUGAAACACAUCAUAGGCGCUGAGACAACACGGAAGGGCAUUCUUCGUGUCUUUGAAAUGUUUCAGCACACUCAACUGAAUAAGAGAAUGGUGUACGUGUUUCUGGAGAGAUUCCUAGAAACCUUAUUUCCACAAAAUAAGUUCCAUGAGCUCUUCAACAAACUGCACUCACGGUCAAAGCAGAUGCAGAGAUAUAAGCAAAGACUACAUUCUACUCAAGCGCCUUCAUUGCAGAAAAGUCUUCUAGUGUCACAUAUUAGGUUAUUAAUGCAUCUGUAAGACCUGUGGAUUGUCUCAUCUUCACUUGUAAUUCAACCACUACCUGAAGGGUUUAUGUGUCUUAAAUGAUUUGGUGCGUCUUCAUGCAACAUUGAGAAGAAUACUGGCCCAAUGUAUAAGAAAGCCGAUUCCUUCCAUUCCU